GGCAAUCAAUUAUAACACAACACUGGAGAUCCACACACGAUCACAUUUACCUCAUCAAGGUCAUAUGAGACGUACGUUUGCGUCCAAUAACGUUCCUUAAGGGCAUAUAAGUCAUGUUGAGCGGCUCUGAGAGUAAACAUAUUCUUAAGGAUGCCCUAAUAUAAAAAAAAAAAAACAUAAUAAAAUCUUUCGGAACAAAAUAACGUUAGAUACAAAAAAUCCACACCUUCCGGACAUCCAGGCCGUUUCCUGCCGUCAUGACGCACGAUUGAUCAGGUUAUUGACUGGCUGAAGAAACAACGACAAGAUGUUUCAAGAGGUGCUUUCAAACAUCUUGAGGUUCCACGACUAUCUCUUGAAAAGAACUGAUGCCAGAGUGCGGGAUUAUCCGUUGAUGCAGAGUCCCAUUCUUAUGACGUUCAUCUUGCUGGGAUACGUCUUCUCCGUUUUGUAUGUGGGACCUCGAUACAUGGCCAGUCGGAAACCUUUCCGCCUCAACACAGCCAUGAUUGCCUAUAACUUCUUUAUGGUGGCCUUCAAUGCUUACACUGUUUAUGAGUUCUUGAUGUCGGGAUGGGCAACAACGUACACUUGGAGAUGUGACCUUUGUGACCCGUCCAGCAGUCCUCAAGCUCUCAGAAUGGUUAGAGCGGCCUGGUUGUUCUAUUUUUCCAAAUAUAUUGAACUUCUCGAUACGGUGUUUUUUGUGUUGAGAAAGAAGCACAGUCAGGUGACGUUCCUGCAUAUCUUCCAUCAUUCUGUCUUGCCUUGGACCUGGUGGUGGGGCAUCACACUUACUCCUGCGGGUGGCAUGGGUUCUUUCCAUGCUUUGGUCAACGCCUGUGUCCAUGUCAUCAUGUACACAUACUAUGGUCUGGCUGCUGCAGGGCCUCGUUUCCAGAAGUAUUUGUGGUGGAAAAAGUACAUGACUGCUAUCCAGCUAAUUCAGUUUGUGCUGGUGACUGGCCAUAUCUCUCAGUAUUACUUCAUGGAAAAGUGUGACUACCAAGUUCCCAUCUUCAUUCACCUCAUCCUGAUCUACGGCACCUUCUUCUUCAUCCUGUUCUCUAACUUCUGGAUCCAGGCCUAUAUUAAGGGGAAGCGAUUACCAGUUUCCAAUGAGGACAAACCUAAACGGAACGGAGUCAUCACUGUGAUUGACCCUGUGGUAGUGGCCAAUGGCAAACACUUGGAAAACGGUAAUGCGCACUACAGCAAUGGAUUUGCCCACAACGGGAAAGUGAAGGAAGUCUGAACCAGUCAAAACACAGCCUUCUGGAGUAUCAAAGACAUCAUUGUUAGAUUAUUGUUAUUGUUUUGUUCAAAUCGAUACGUUUUAUGAUAGUAUGGGAGAUGAAACGGCACGUUGGAUCUGGCGAUGGGUCUCCCUUUUUGUGUGUUUGUGGAUGUUGGAGUUUGGGGAGCACUAUGCAUGAAGAGAGUUCGUCCACUGAAGUCGGCUUGGUUGACGUCGCUCUGACACCUGACAGCAUCUCUACGGUUUAAUCUGGUUGACCUGAGCUUUUUUGUUUCCUGGCAUAUGAGUCUCCCAGUGGUUUGCACAUUGUACAGUUCUCACAGAUCUAACUCAAACUUGACUGUAAAUAAAUGUUUCCUCACAAUCGAUUGGAAAUGUACGAGUUGUUCAUUUUCUUUUUUGUUUGUAUGUUUGUUCAUAACUUAUCAGUUAAUGUUUUCUUUUUAUAAUAAAAUAGAUUUUUUUUGCUUUACC